CUACACCAAUAGACUUUCCAGGUGAUAAACUGCGAGACUUUAGUUUUUAUGAGAGACAGGAGAGAGUUGGAGAGGCUUCUCUGAACUCUUCAAUAUAUAGAUUUCUCUGAACGAGAGCUAAACAAUUGUCCUUUAGAAUUAAUUUCCGUUCUUCUAUCCUUCUGGUUCCUUUAUUAAUAUUUUUUCAUAUCUCAUUUACCCAUUCAGAAAUCGUCGAUUUUUUUUGUGAUAUAUUCUUUUGCUAGGAUAAUCCCCGAUAAAUUUUAGGGGUUUUGGGUGGUUUCCGGUUACAGCGUUUGUUUUCCGCAGAAAUUUGUAAAAAGUUGCAGUCUUGAUGGGUCAGUGAUGAUAGGGGACUGAAUGGUGUUUUCCCUGUUAUUACUUUCUGCAAACAUCGUCUGAGUUAUGAUUUUGAAAUGUUAUUUUUUAAGAGAAAAUGAUAAUCAAUCCGUCAGUCCUCGAGUCUUUGAAGAAGAAUCGUUGAUUAAUCUGGAAGUGUUUGUUGAUGAAUUUUUGUUCGUGUGUCUAUGUAAUGGUGAUGAAGUUGUCUGUCAAAGUAAUGGCAUGCUCUUGAACUUUUGAUGGCAUAAUGGGGUUUGCUUCAGAUAUUUUUUUUGUAUCAAAAUAUUCCACAAUAGUAAUUUGAAGGGAGCAUUUGUCAAAUUAUUCGAUGCCACUUUUGCAAUUCAUAUCCACAAGCUUUUGACUUUUUUCCCUCUUUCAUUUUCCUUUCCCUUUUCCCCAUUGAGUUGGUAGGUGGUUGCUGUUAUGUGUUCCUUUAUGAUGUUAAGAUUGGAUUCACAGAAUACUUUUGCCAAAGUUCAUUGUUGUUUGCCAGCUUUUUUGGACCUCCUCUUGCCUUUAAUCUCUUCAUUUGUAUCAUAUUGACCUCGUGUUCAAUAAAAACAGAUAAAAAAAGGAAAAAAAAAUAGAAGAGAAAAAAGAAACAGAGAAGAAGAGGAGAACAAACCAUGGCACUUUCUUUCACUAGAUGGUUGUGGUUGGGAGGGAGAGAAAAGGAGAAAGUCUCUAAUGGGUCUGUAAUGAAUUCAAUAAAUUCUAAAGGCGAUUGGGGGGUAGGAUUAAGGGGUGAGCCUGAGAGUUUGAAGUUCUUUCCUGUGAAAAACUCAGCCAGCAGAGUCAAGAGGAAAUGGAAAAGUAGGGAAGAGAGAGGAAGGAGAGUGGAUAAAGAGUAUGAUGUGGUUUUAGUGCCUUCGGACGGUAUUUGUCUAUCGGGCUCUGAAUCGGACGACUCGGAUUGGUCCAUCGGGUGGCUUGAGCCGCAUGCCUCCAAUUUUGAGAGCGAUGCUGACGAGGACGAUAGCUUUGCUGUGCUUGUACCUUGCUAUAGGCAUGACUUUAGAGAAGUAAAUGAGGUUGAUGAGGAGAGCAAGGGUAAUCCAUUCUUGAACGCCGUGAAGAAUUUCCCGAUUAUUUAUUCGGCUGAUGGCACAAAGUAUAUGGAGCAGUGGCUUUCUUCUCUCCAGAAUUUUUGAAGUUUACCAUAUCAUUCGACUGAGCUAAUUAUUAUACAUAUAUUUGCCAUUCUUGGAAGAAUCAUCAAUUUCUACCUUAGAAUACCCGGACGCAUUAGAUAUCGCAUGAUGAACUGGAAUCUUUCUAACCGUGACAAAACGGGCAAGGUGGGUUUAUCAGCAUUAGGCUCAUGCGGGCCAGUCGCUUGAGGAAAACUUUUGAUUUAUCGUACCAUUGAUUUGUUCAUCGUGUAAAUAUAAACCCAUUAUAUUUAUAUGUACAUAAUGUCUUCACUUCUGGAUUUUUUAGUGUAAAUAUAUGCCCUAUUUGAGCUUGAAGGUAUGAAGUGAUGGUGACAAGGUGUUAAGCCCUUACAUUUGUGUGUCUUAUAAUGGUAAUUUGAUGUGGUUUCAGUAGACUUGAUUUUCUCUGUUACAAGAGAUGAUCAUACCUUGUUUUGUAUUCAUCUUUGCUUGCACAAAGGAAGAUACAUAGAUACUUCCUGAGCUAAAUAUUUCAUGGCUUUUUUUGCCUUUUGG